UGCUCAGCACUGAGUUUACAGGGGCCCGGUCCAACCUCAAAUUGGCCUGGAUGGACCCAAGCUCGAAUCUAGAUUAGACUUUGGGUGCUCGAGCAAGCUCCAGUGUCUCCCGACGCAACAUGCAAACAACUCGACUUUUUUCUCAUACAGCCUCCUGAUCUUCGACGGCAUCAUUCUCGACAAUGCGCUAGCUAUUAUACUAGCUCUUCGAGCAUUGCCCUAGCGACUGCGACGGCAUCAUGUCCGGCUCGCGCCCCCACACGUCCGAGGCCCAGCCUGGCGACGACCCCAUCGCCAUCGACCACGCUCAAGCACAUGCGACAUCCCACCCGCUCACGAUCGAUACUCAAAAUCUUCAAAACAUCCCUUCCACCGCCGGCGACCCGCAGCGCGAUUCGGUAUCGGACUCGCGCGUCCAUGGAGCCAGCCCCAGCCUGCUGUCGCCUUCCCUCCGUCUUCGCCGCCGCAACACCCUCGCGCCACCUUCCGCCGGUGGACUCGGCGGUCGAGCUCGAGCCGCCACAUUCCGCACGGUGGAAGACUACGAUGAGUUAGAUACGGAUCACAAUGAGAGGCCGGGAUGGCAGCCUGGGUCGGAGCCCGGGUUUGAUCCUCAGCUGCCGGACGGAGGCCAUGCGUCCAUGCCCACACUAAGUGCGCCUUGUCAGAUCACAGUGGUCGAUUGGGCGGACAAUCAUGUCGAAAAGCGCCAUUUUGACAAUGAAGGGUUCAUCGAAUACAUAGCCCGACCCAAAGAGAAAUGGGCCAAAUGCCGCUGGAUCAACGUCAACGGGUUGAGUUGGGACGUGAUCCAGGCCGUCGGUUUCCACAAGGGACUGCAUAAGCUGGCGCUGGAGGAUGUCAUGAACUUGCGCAACCGAACCAAGGCUGACUGGUAUCCGAACCACGCCUUCAUUGUCAUGACGCUGCAAAAAUUGGUGCAUCUCGUCAGUGACGACGAUAAUAGCUCCUCCACAUCGAGCACGAGCUUGUCCUCUCACAAAUCGUUCCGCUCGUUGCGAGAGUCGUUUAUGGAUCUUUGGAGGUCAAAGAGGUCAGAGCGCGAGGAGGCCAUACAGAGCAUUGGCCGGGACUCCGAGAAGGUCAUGCCGAACAUCGCCAACGGCUUAAAGGCCUUGCCUGGCGGUUCGAUGCUGAACGAGACUGCCAUGCUCCGAUCGUUACAGCGAUAUCAUGCCUCCGGGAACGAGGCACGGACCGAGUACAUGGAACGGCAUUCAUCGCUUGCGCCACACAAGAUGGCUAUUUCGGCGGAGCAGGUUUCAAUGUUUCUGACAUCUGACAAUACCGUCAUCUCCUUCUUCGAGGGCUCGGCUGGUGAUGUCGAACGUCCCAUUGUCACUCGUCUCUGCACACCGGGCACCAUCCUUCGAGAGUCCGUCGACGGCUCCUUACUUGUCCAAGCCAUCAUCGACGCCAUCAUCGAUCUUGCCAUCCCCUUGGCCGCCGUAUAUACCGACGUCAUUGGUGACCUGGAGUUGGACGUGCUCACUUCGCCGUCCAUGCACCAAAGUCGCACCUUGUAUAUCUGCAUAGCUGAGAUGAACAAGAUGCUCAGCUUCCUCAACCCGGUCGAUAACCUGGUCAACGUUCUCCGCGACCAUUGUACCUUGCUGGAGCAGGACGAGGCGAUGGAAGAGCUGGAGAACCCAGAGUCCGGGGUCAUCAUCACACCCAAGACGCAAACGUAUCUCGGCGACGUCCUUGAUCACUGUAUCAUUGUGACCGAGAACCUACAGCAGUUGAAGCAGUCGUCUGACAACCUGAUCAGCCUGAUCUUCAACACCAUCAGUGCCGGUCAGAACGAGAGCAUGAAGCAACUGACCACGGUAACGAUUAUUUUCCUGCCGCUGACGUUCAUCACCGGAUUCUUUGGUCAGAACUUUCCACCAGACCAAUUCCCAGAAGUCAAGAACGGCAUCUGGUACUUGUGAGUCUACCUCAAUCUUCCACAAACCUCUUCGAACGAAACACUGACCGAGGCAGUUGGGCCUGUGCUGUACCUACCG